AUGUGGGAUCAGCUGAAGGAUCAACAAGUCGUCCGCACCGCCCUAGUACGACACAAAAGCAGCAAAGAGAAGCCUGGUGCGUACAUCCCCAAGAUGAUGUUCACAAGGGAGCGCUGCGACAUAUGUCCACAACGUUCCUUGGACACCAUUCGGACGCAGUUCGACGAGGAGAUCGAUAUUGGCCUAGCCAACAGAUAUGCAUACAGUUGUCGGGGUCGCAGCAUGAACAUGGACAACAUGAAGGCCUUUUACCGGUCCAUGCUCCCCGCUUCCAAGAAAGGUCGUCGCACUGCGGAACAGGAAGAGGUCCUGCAGACCUACCAACAUCUCCUCGGAAAGCUGGAGGGCCACGAAAAAGCUCUCACCAAUCUCUUGGCCGCCAAGCAUGGAAGACGACUGCGCGCAAAGAAAUCUGUGGAGGACGACGCGUUAGGAGUCCAAUCGCUGUCACGCCGACUACAGUUUCACGUCGUGGACGGCCACACCAUUGAUCUGGACAUCCAGAACUGCUGCCUCACCUUAUUGCAGCAGAUUCUCGCUCAAACGGCUCCGCAGCCGCCAAUGCCCGACGACCUUGCCCAGCUUAUGGACCGCCUUGUGAAGGAUCGGGCAGAGGUCCUCAAGCAACUGGGUCUUGACAUCGUGGAGGGCAAGGAAAUGAUUAACACCGUCAUGAACGGCGGCGCUCCACCGACAUCGUUGAAGGAUAAUGAGCUCGUCCAAGGCCUACAAAAGAUUUCCCUAUACAUCAGAUGGGUCGCGUGCAAUCUGCUUCACGCUGAUUACAUGUCCCUCGCCGAGCACAAGCAGAAACCUUUCCUAUCGUCUACCAUUUUAUCCCUCCUGUGGACGUCAGUGGAGGACAGGAUCUUACAAAGUUGGACCGAUCACAUCUUGAGUCACACCAACAAGCCCAAGCAUUUGUCUCUCCACUUCGAUGGCGUCCGAAUAUCCGCGGAGCAUGUUGGAGAUUUGCAGGAGGAGUACAUCAAGGAGUGCGAGAAUGCGAUCCAGAAGAGGACCGGUUUCACGGUCAAGAUUGUACCAAAGAAACAUUUCAUUGACUUGGUAAAGACCAGGAGUACGCAUGCAAACGCACUCACAAACGUCCCCGACAUUCUGUUGCAGCCGGGCAAUUGCAUACCUUGUGCUUUGUGGCAUGUGGUCCCACUUUCUCGACCGGCAAUCAGUGCAGCUGUGUCGAACACUUCCCUGCCCCAGAAUGUGGAGGCCAAGAGUGUACGAUACAGAGAUUACCGGUCCGUCCCAUCCAUGUGCCACGGUCGGCCACAUGCCGUAGCUGUCCGGGUGGAUGCCUCUGGCAACGGCGUUACCGUUAUCGAUGGAGCGACAGUCUACAAAUUGAACAUGGCGACUUCUCGCGAAAUCCACUGCGCUGCCGUGGAUCAUUCCACCGUCGUAUCAUACUGGAAAAAGGACCCGAAAGACAAGAAGAAUGACAAAUCGGCAAUUCUGUUGGACAUGGUGGCGGGGGCGAGAGAUGUACCUGACGAUUUGGAGGAAGAUUCUUCAGAGGGCGCGGAAGAGCUCCAUGCCGCGGGGGCCCCCAACAAGCUGUCCUUCGACGAAGACAAUGUUCCUGUCUUCAACGACAACAUCCUGCAAUCCUUGAAGAAUGAAACCAGCGACGUCUUCAACGAUCUACAAAAGAAAUCUACGAGAUCUGAAGGUAACCACAACCGCAUCGACAAGCAGAUCAGACUCAUCCUUGAUGCGGCCGGGCCGAAGUAUGUGAACGUAUCCGCUAUUGGCAGUCCUCUGCAAGACAUUGUGACGGCACCAAUCUUCCUCAAAAAGAUGGAGGACAUGAACAGAGUCCUGCUGGAGCAAGACGAGUGUCACUACAUCAUGGACGCCACCUUGAAAUUAUGCAUGAAAUUGAUGGGUCAGGCAUCCUAUCGGUCGCCCAAGUCAGUCCGCAAUGAGGCGCCAUUUGGUGAUGACGUAGCGUGGAGAAGACUCCUCACCAUCAGGGGUCGAACUGGUGCGGUUCUGCUGUUGCAUCCUCUUCAGAAUGAGUCUGCGGAUCAAGUCGUCGAUGCCUUGGCUCAAAAUUUCUCGGCAGAGCAACUUCGGGCAGUGGUUCACGUCGGGACAGACCAACCGUCGGAAAAGCUGUUCAAUGAGUUGAAGGCAAUAUGUCCAUCAAUGAGAUCACUUGUUCUGGAUCCGAUCCAUUUGGCCGUUGUCUAUGAGUGCGGCUUUUGGAACAAACACAGCCCCGGAUCCAAACAACUUCGUCGGAUCCUGCAGAAGUGCAUCUCGAUUGAUGCGGACUUGGGGCAGAACCAGUGGGGAGCAUUUUACGACGGCACGAAUGCCCGUCCGCUUCCAUUCACUACCCGCUUGGAGUUCAUUCGGUGCCUGGCCGCCCUGUGUCGAAGAUACCCGACAAAGGUUACCAGGAAGAUUGCCGGUGCUAACAAGCAGAUUAGCAAAAUUCUCUGGUCUGCUUGUGCACCCGAUCGUCUUGAGUGGCUAAUGAAUAACUUGCGGGUCAGACAUGCUUUGCCAUCGUCAUAUCAGUGGUUCCUCCCAAGUGGAACCUCCAGUAACGAGGCACUGCGUGCGGAAAUAAACUCGUGGUCGCGAAGCACUAAUGUCCUCCACCGUUCCACCCUUGCACUGAAGUUGAAAUACUUCCGUUCCACCCUUGCACUGAAGUUGAAAUACUUCAGUUACAUCAAAUUGCUAUUGCACUAUCUGUCAGUGCAAUAUCCUUUAUCUCAUACGGUCAGCGCAAGCAUGAUGCUAAGCAGAUCGCUGCACCGCUCUUUAAAUGGAGCGAAGACGACUGGAACGUAUGGUGUGCUGAACAGUCGUCGCACACAGUUCCGAAGAAGUCUAUGUUAUCCUUGUCAUCGGCUAGACAGCUUGAAUCUCGUCUAG